AUGCAAGUACCCCUAAUCAUUUCCACAGAUUGUGCUUCGAAUGACAAGUUAAAGGACCGCUUCAAUAGCAACGUCAUCGCCAUUGUGUGCUUGCCCGCAAACCGUCUACAUCUCGACCUACUCAAAGUUUUGGCCGCUAAAUUGCACCGUAGCCGUCAGGCGCGUAUUAUUCUACUGUUUGGAACAACUAAACCUACAGCGGGUCUGCUAGACGCCUUGACUGCUUACUGGGAGGAACAGUAUAUCACAAAUGUUAUUGGUUUUAGCGAUUUGCAGUCAUACUUCUAUCGUUAUUAUCCAUUUCCGAACGGACAUUGGAGACACGAGCUUUUAAAUAGCUCCAAGUUCUACUUUCCACUUCACCAAAGAGAUCUGAAGGGAAAACAUUUCCUUACCUUACCGGGACAAAUUGUGCCCCGCUGCCUUAUUUAUGUGGAUUCGGCCGGCCAACAGCACCUGAGCGGCUAUGUUGGGCUCCUGCUGCUCACCUUUGCAGAAAAAUACAAUAUUACCUUGCAGUACCUCUAUCCAGUAAUUCCAGGAGAAAUAUUACAUUUAACGGUUCUAUUAGAUUUUGUCACAAAUGGUUCGCUGGACGUAGCAAUCACAUUGGUUCCCCUAUCCUAUGGUGGAAAAGACUUUUACUCAUUUUUGACUUAUCCGCUGGAACUGAGUGGCUGGUUUAUUGUACUACCUUGUCCUCGGCCACUCGAUUACUCCGAAAUAUACGCAAUAGUCGUUACAGCCCAAGUGGUCGGCAUUUUGAUAAUACUCAAUAUUAUUUUCUCAGUACUGGACUCUAUUAUUAAGCAUCAAUUCUAUAAAAGUACCGAUGGCAUCAUUUGGACUGACAUUUUGGUCAACGAUAAUAUUUUUCGGGGAAUUUUCGGUCUCUCGUUUAUCAUAAAAAGACACCCAGUGCUAUCACUGAAAACACUUUACGUGUUUCUAUUUCUACUGGGCUUGUUCAUCAAUAACAUGUACACGGCAUAUUUUCAAACCCUCUUCACCAGUCCACCUCUAAAGCAGGAAAUAUUGACUUUCGACGACAUGCGAGACCAGAAUUUGGAAGUAAUGUUUGAUCGCAAGGAAAUAUCAACGGUGAAAGACUCACUUGGCUCUGAUUUCAAUCGAACAUUCAAGGAUAUAUUACUAUUGGAGGAUACUAGAACAUUUCAACGUCAUCGGAGAGAUUAUGACACCGCAUAUGCCUAUUCAAUGCCAGAAUCACUUUGGUCCAUCUUCAAGGCACAACAAGAAACAUUUGAGAGAAAACUGUAUUGCUUAGCUCCGACUCUAAAAUUUUUUGGCUUAUUGAUGAUGGGCAUACCUUUGGCCGAGAAUUCGUACAUCAUGGAGCCGCUGAAUAUGAUGACCUUGCGCGUCGUGGAAACUGGGCUUUUGGAGCAUUGGCGUACAGCGACUUACCUAGAUAUGGUAACAAGUGGCCAAUUGUUGAAGGUGGAAUCUAAAAUCGCGGAAAAAUUCCACAAUAUCAGCAUCCAAGAUAUCCAAUUGCCAUUUUAUUUACUGUUAUGUGGUUUAAGUGUAGGCGGUGCGGUUUUCAUUGCCGAACUUUGUUUAUUCAAAUUAAAGAACAAACAACAAGUGAAAAAAUAA